GUUACUUCCUGCCUUAGGCGUCUAUUCAUGCCUGACGGGGAUAAGGGAGAUAAGGAUCUGAAUAUGAUUUAAAUUGAAUUCCAAUCACCUGAGAGAUAAGAUUAAAUCCAAUCCAAUGACUUUCAAACCCCCGCGGGUUCUCUCGAGAAUGUCGCACUUGAAUUCUUCCCCGUGUUUCAAUGCCUCCCUCUAGCACACCAUUUCGCGGCCCUCCUUCCCGUCGCUCCGAUUCCUCCGCUCGGCCCCGUGCUGGUCCUCAAUUCGCGUCAACGCCCCGUUUUGUCCUCUUACAGCAGACUCCUGGACAUGAUGCAGACGACCUCAUUGAUUCUCAAGGAUCUCCUCAAUCAACCCCAGUCGCAAGUACACGUGCCGCCGAUCAAACAACUAGUGGUUCAACCCUGCGCCAGAAAGAGAUAAUUGAAGACUCCGACGACGGACUAGGCUACAGCGGAGGCGCCCCCGAUAUCACCGGAAGCGUAGACCUAGAUAGCAGUGCGCCAGACGAUACAUGCGACCUUGACGCUGAAUUUGAAGCUCUUUUCGGACCAACGACAGCCCGCGCAAAGAGAAGGCGUGUCUCGCUCGACACCCGAACACGCUUCACUCAACGAAGGAAGCGCAACGAUGAUAUGGUCCAGACCUCUUCGCCCGAACUACCAUCGCCGAGUAAAGGCUACACUCGAGGGCAUAGCCAUACACCGGCUCAAACUUUCCCCCAGCGAACCGUUUCCGUAACCACUCCUCUUCAGCCCUCCACGCCAGGAACCAUAAAACCAACCUUCCGCCAUAACCCCCGUUUCGUGCUAUCAGCCUCCCAGGCAGCUCCUAGUACCCAGCCACAAUCAAGCGCUCGUCCGACUCCAGCCCUGACCUAUUCAACCCCAAGGCCGAAACCUACGUUUGUCCUGCCGCGCUCGCCCUCCCCAUCCCAGGCUGCGGAAGAUCCCUCCGCCAUUCCGACACCAUUCUCCCCUUCCUCCCAAGCGGUCCGUCGGCGCGGCCGUCAUCGCCCCUCGACCCCCAGCUAUCUGCCGGGUGGCAUGGCAGCCGAAGUGCGCGGCUGGAUAUUAGAGAUGGGAACGAAGCGAGCACAGAUGGAGCUUAACCAGGGACGCCAUACUGGAGCGGGGGUGCCUGAUCUGCAGAAGUAUGCUCUUGCCAUUCGUGUCACGGGCGUGAGCCAAUCUACGGUUGGGAGCUCAGAUCCGCUUGCUUUCGUGCGUGGCCAGGCUGUGACUUCUCUGGACGGUGAUCAUGAGGGGUCUCCGAUGAAGAAUGUCCUCCUCUUAGGGCUUCCUCGCUACCAACCUCCUCAGUCGCUGCCUCAGCACCCGGGCGCUGACCGUGUUCCUGUGCUUGCCGAGGGGCAUGUGGUGGGUGUUUAUCGAGGACCGUCCUGGGAGGUUGAUUUGGGGGAUGGAUGUGAUUUACGCGGGGUCGGCUCUGACGGUGGCGGGAAUGGGAACUCCAGCGGUACCAUACGGUGGCUUGUGAGCUUGGAGUGGGAUUUGAUAUCUGUAGAUUAUUAGAUGAUGACUUUUAUGUUUGACAUGCAUGAUACGAUACCCGAUUAUUUACCUAAUUUAGUUAGUUCUUUGUGAAUGGUAUCCUCCGCCGAGGGACCGAGCUGUAUUCAUAUCGUUAAAUAGCAUAUAUA